AUGUCUGACGAACCUGUUGAAGGCUUAUCUCCUGCUGAACGUGCAGCCAAAGAAGCUCAAGAAAAACUUGAAAAGCAAAAGGAAGAAGAGGAACAAGCCAAGUUGCCCUACACUUGGAAACAAACAUUACAAGAUGUUGAUAUUACCAUUUCAGUACCUAAAGGAACACGUGCUCGUGAUUUAGACAUUGUUUUAAAGAAAGAUAAGCUUAAGGUUGCGCUUAAAGGUCAAACGGCCUUUAUUGAUGGUGAAUUAAGUCAAACAAUUAAGGUUGAUGAUAGUACUUGGUCUGUGGAUGAUCAAAAAGAAGUUUUGAUUCAUUUAGAAAAAGUUAAUCAAAUGCAGUGGUGGGAUAGUGUAAUUAAAGGUGCACCUAAAAUUAAUACUCAAAAGAUUCAACCUGAAAAUUCCAAAUUAAGCGAUUUAGAUGGAGAGACACGGGCAAUGGUUGAAAAAAUGAUGUUCGAUCAACGCCAAAAGGCAAUGGGUAAACCUGACAGUGAUGCAUUAAAGAAACAACAAAUGUUUGAAAAUUUCAAGAAACAACAUCCUGAAUUAGAUUUUAGUAAAGCAAAGUUUUCAGACUAA